UGCUUCACUAGCUGGUGGAAAAUAAUAAACAAAGACGGCAAAAGUAAAUGGGAUUGUUUUCAACCAGUAAGCUGCAUUGGUGUUCGUGAGACUGGCCGACAAGAACUCAAUAGAUUGAUUUAUCAUAAAAGUUAUUUGUAUAUAAUCUGAAUCAAAAUUCCAAUAAAAUAGCAAGACAAUCAGCGAAAAACAAAGCAACCUUGGGGUUGUACAAUUGUUUUUGUCUUGUAAUCGAGUGAAACAUGCCUGCCAACAAGAAGUUGGCCGCCAUCGCUACUGUGGCCAACGAAGCGGAAGAACCCAACGCAUUUGUUAUUUGGAACCGUCGGAUACCAGUGACGGAUAGUCGUAAUAGGGAUGCGGAAAGUUUCACCAACUUCAGCUUCGUCUUUGAAGCGGAUUCCAAUGAUAUUUCUUCGCUAUCUGCAGGUGAUAUUGUUCCCUUUAACGAAAUUGAGAGUAUUGGCCCGGAAAAGAUUGUGCAAUCUCUCGAAAUGUCAUAUAUAUCAUACAACAUUAUCCAGAAUAAGAUGAAUUUAAACGAAAAGCGAGGCCCAAAGUUUCUUUGUCAGGAAUGCCGAUCUACAAUGCACACUCGUCUCAGCAUGAUCACUCACAUGAAGAUGCAUCUGAAACCGUUUUGUGAAGUUUGUUUUGGACUGUUUGAAUCGACUGACGCAGUGCGCAGCCAUAUAAAUACUAUCCAUCCAGAAGUGGUUAUUCAGGAUCGAGCUACGACACCGACGCCAAAAGAGUACUACUAUAUGCAAACCAUCGCUCCUCCGAAUACACCAAAUCCAUUAUCAGAUGACGAGAUGAAGACAAUUGAAGGUCUGGUCAAUCCAAUUGUGAAGCUGCCAGUUAUUGAGAAUUCUGUCAAUAAGCUCCUUAGUCACGAGGACACAGAUGAAGCUUUCAGUACCGAGGAUGAACACGGUCUGGUAAUCGAUGAACGUCCUCCUCAACCAGUUGGGCAUCGCAAACGCCCAAUCAAAAAACCUCCAAUCUUGAAACGCCAACUCAAGAAAAAGAUUACUAAAGGUAAAAGUACUGAUGCUUCCAAACCGGAGAAUGUUUUGAAGAAAAUAACAUCUAGAUUUGGAAGAGCAAUCAGCUUGAAACUACCGCAAUAUUAAAUUGACGGCACAUUUUGUUAUUGUUUUCAUGAAUUGAACUGAGUUAAAAAAAGGAUUUUUCUUAUUAAUAAUGAACCGGUUUUUAUGGUUUAAAACAACAUAUACAGAUAAUAUUAUU